CAUGCAUAUUGUUGAAGUAUAUACUCCUAGCCUUCUCUAGUCCAUCCAAUAUCACCUUCAUUUUUUCUCUCUCUAUAUGCUAUCAUCCAUGGCUCUCUCCCACACAAGAUCAUGCAUAGUUCAACUUCAAGCUCAUCAAAUUCAUUCUCCCUUGUUUCAGAUAGUCAUCUUCUUCCUCUUGCUGCUCCCCCAUGCAAAUUCUAUUUCCUUCAGUUUCUCCGGUUUCCAGCCGAACAUGCCAGACAUAUUCUUUGAAAAUGAUGCUUUUGCAACAGGCGGGCUUCUCCAAGUCACAAAGAAUCAAGUUGAUGAUUCCCUCACUAGUAGCACAGGUCGAGCCUCAUAUGCAGAACCAGUGCGCCUUUGGGAUGCCAGCACAGGAAGGCUGACAAACUUCACCACUCACUUCUCCUUCGCCAUUAAGGCGGUUAAUGACUCUGUGUAUGGUGAUGGCCUCUCGUUAUUUCUGGCACCAUUUGAUUCUAGAAUUCCUCCCGAUUCAAGCGGUGGUUACCUUGCGCUGUUCAGCGCCAAAUCUGCCUUCAACACCUCACAAAAUAAAAUUAUUGCAGUUGAGUUUGACAGCCGCCAAGAUGAAUGGGAUCCAAGUUCAGAUCAUGUAGGCAUCAAUAUCAACUCCAUAAUCUCUGUGCAAAAGGUCCAAUGGAAGAGUAGCAUUAAGAAUGGUUCAAGAGCAAAUGCCUGGGUGAGUUACAAUUCAGCCACCAAAAAUUUAAGCGUCUUUCUAACUUAUGCUGAUAAUCCGGUUUUCAGCGGGAAUUCCACCCUUUCGUAUGUUGUUGAUUUGACGAAAGUUUUGCCGGAGUGGAUAAGAGUUGGUUUUUCAGCUGCCACAGGCGAGUCGAUUGAAUUGCACACUGUUUACUCUUGGGAAUUCGAGUCGACCUUAGAGGCCAGUGGUGGGAAAGGGAAGAAGAGUUUCGGAUUGGUGGUCGCGCUAGUUGUGACCAUUGGUGUCUUGACUUGUGGAUCUGGUGGGUAUUGGUUCAUCUGGUGGAGAAAAAGGGUUGGUCCCAGAAAAGAAGAUAUGGCCCUUGAACUGGCUAUUGAUGAUGAAUUUGAAAAAGGAACUGGGCCAAAGAGGUUCACCUACCGUGAACUGAGUCACGCAACCAAGAACUUCUCCGAGGAAGGGAAGCUAGGAGAGGGAGGAUUUGGAGGCGUUUACAAGGGUCUAUUAUCCGAUUCCAAGACAGAAGUGGCGGUGAAGAGAGUUUCAAGGGGAUCAAAGCAAGGGAAAAAGGAGUAUGUAUCAGAAGUGAAGAUCAUCAGUCGAUUGAGGCACCGAAAUUUGGUUCAACUCAUUGGUUGGUGCCAUGAACACGGAGAAUUACUCCUCGUCUACGAGUUCAUGCCUAAUGGAAGCCUGGAUACCCACCUAUUUGGAGGGAACUCCACGCUAACAUGGACAGUGAGGUACAAAAUAGCCCUUGGCUUAGCAUCCUCACUGCUCUAUCUUCAUGAAGAGUGGGAACAGUGUGUGGUCCACAGAGACAUCAAGUCCAGCAAUAUCAUGUUGGAUUCAAAUUUCAAUGCCAAGCUCGGAGAUUUCGGUCUGGCCAGGUUUGUGGACCAUGAGCUGGGCUCACAAACAACCGUCUUGGCUGGCACCAUGGGCUACCUCGCCCCGGAAUGUGUGACCACCGGCAAGGCCAGCAAGGAAUCCGAUGUCUACAGCUUUGGCGUUGUGGCCCUUGAGAUCACAUGCGGAAGAAGGCCAGUUGAGCCAAGGGCAGAACCAAGCAAGACAAGACUAGUAGAGUGGGUGUGGAACCUGUAUGGAAAAGGCCAACUCUUUGAAGCAGCGGACAAGGGGUUGUCUAUGGAAUUCGACCAAAGGCAAAUGGGGUGCUUGAUGACAGUUGGGCUGUGGUGUUGUCACCCUGAUAGCACUCACCGCCCAACAAUAAGACAAGUGAUAAAUGUUCUCAGCUUUGAAGCUCCACUGCCCAACCUUCCAAUGACCAUGCCAGUGCCAAUGUAUUUUGCACCUCCGAUGCAUAUGUGUAAGUUCUCCUAUACGUCUUCUGCCACCCCCACUGAUUCACAGAGUCAUCAAAGUGGGUGUUCCUGCAACAUUUGCACCUCAGAUUCUUCUAUGUCAUUAGGCUCUUCUAAAGCCCUUUUGAAAUUGCCCAAACCUGAUGUGUGAUAUCUAAUAGUUUUUUCAUUUGUAAUGGAGUUGUAAUG